UCAGGCCGCCAUGACGCUCCAGACAGCUGCGCCCGGCGGUCCUGUGAGGACACCUGACAAGGGGGUGCACUGGCUAGACUGCUUUCACAUAGGCCCCCCCAUCAUCUGGUUGGAGCUUGACACUUCCUCUGGACAUUGCUUCCUUCUGUCUAGAGCUUGUCACCUCUAGACAACACAACACCUGGAUGUUCUAGAAUCUGAGAGCGGAAAGAGACCUUUGGAAGAUCACCCAUUGAAUUGGAACAUUGCAAUAUGGUGAUUUUGAUUAUAAUGAUUCUCCCCAACCAUGAGCAAGAAUGGGGCCGAAAAUGGGGACCGCCCAGCUACUCAUGAAAAUCUUCUGCCACCAGCUACUGAACUCUCAGGAACAACGAUGCAAUGUGGAGGAGAAAAGGGAUCCAGCAUUUCUUCCGGGGAUUAAAAGUGAUGAAAUCGAGGCAUAGGAGUCUGCCCCAGUUCACAGAAGUGUCCUGCUUCUUGUUUGACAGAACUGUGCCCUGACAUCUGCCUUCUUAGGUCCAGUGAAUGUGAUGUCAAUCCAGGGGAAAGAACUGCCUCAUGCUUACUCUAAGUUGUAUUCCUCUAAUCACUGGAAGAACUGAGCAUCUCUUCUGUUUGUCUUCUGCAUCUCGUGAAAUCAAGUUUCUAGCCCUGGCCAGAGCAAGCCCUCUGUUCAGCUCAGAGCCACAUGGAGGAGGCACCACAGAGAGCCUCGCCAACGGAGGUGCAGCCAGUGUCAUCAUCGGCCACCCUCUGGACACGGUCAAGGCUCGCCUGCAGGCCGGCGUGGGCUACGGGAACACCCUCAACUGCAUCCGCACGGUAUACAGGAAGGAGAGUGUGUUUGGCUUCUUCAAGGGCAUGUCCUUCCCCCUUGCCAGCAUCGCUGUCUACAACUCAGUGGUGUUUGGGGUCUUCAGUAACACAAAGAGGUUCCUCAGCCAGCACCACAGCAGGGAGCCUGAGGCCAAUUCAGCCCGUGGGCUGUCUGACCUGAUCCUGGCCAGCUCGGUGGCCGGUCUGGUCUCUGUCGGGCUGGGCACGCCUGUGGACCUAAUCAAGAUCCGACUGCAGAUGCAAACACAGCCAUUUCGGGGAGCCAAUGUUGGUUUGAAGCCCAGGGCAGCAGCCCUUGGGGAACAGCCAGCCUACCAGGGGCCUGUGCACUGCAUUGCAACCAUUGUGCGCACUGAGGGUCUGUUGGGAAUGUACCGGGGCGCCGGCGCCAUGCUGCUGAGGGAUGUCCCAGGCUAUUGCCUCUACUUCAUCCCUUAUGUGUUCCUGAAUGAGUGGAUCACACCCGAGGCCUGCGCAGGCCCCAGCCCCUGUGCCGUGUGGCUGGCAGGCGGCAUGGCAGGAGCAAUUUCUUGGGCGGCAUCAACUCCUAUGGAUGUCAUGAAAAGUCGACUCCAAGCUGACGGGGUUUAUUUAAACAAAUACAAAGGCGUCCUGGACUGUAUCUCCCAGAGUUACCAGAAGGAAGGUCUUAAAGUAAGCCCCCCAGAGAUCGUGCGGGGUGUUUUUCAGGGGCAUCGCCGUAAACACUGUCCGGGGUUUCCCUAUGAGUGCAGCCAUGUUCCUGGGGUACGAGCUCUCGCUGCAGGCCUUCCGCAGGGACCACGCGGUGACCAGCCCCUGAGUGCCAGCCACUGUCAUCUGACCAGGGCUGGUGUUACCUGACCAGGACCUCACUCCACCACAGGUUGAUGCCGACAAUGGAGUCUCCAGAACCCAUGGCAGUGAAUUUACUGAAGAGAAAGCAGGCAAAGCUACUUUUUAAAAAAUAAAAAUAAAAAGGAGAAGAAUGAAGGACUUCCCGCCUGGCGGGCCCUCUGCCAAUCACAUUGACCUCGGAAUCCUUUCUUUCCCAAUUGCAAGUGAUCUAUCCCUCACCCCCUUGCUGGGUGCUGGGCAGCUGCCUUGGGAGGAAGCAGUGGACUGCUGAUCCAUCACCAUCUAUUUCAGAUCCUUCCUGGCACCUGGUACAAAGCAGGACAAAACAGACCCUGCUCCACCUCCCACAACUGCUGUGAAGUCACUGGGAAUUCCUGGAGGAGCUGAAGAGCCCUCUAAGUUUCCCAAUAAAAACAUUGAAAAUCAGGUCAUUUCUGUAUCAGAUGUUUCUGCCUGGCUUCCAGGAGACGUGAACACCUCGUUUCCUCCUCUAUUUAGACCCCAGAGUGUUGCCAGUCCAGAGAGGACCCAGUCUGCACAGCAAAGGAGAGGAACUGUGGGUGGCAGUCUCCUUUUCUUUUUCCAGCUGCCUGAGUUGGGCAGGUGAGGGCACAGUGGUCAAAGGACAAGGAAUGGAGAGGAAGGGGUGUAGGAGUGCUCCCCACUCUGAGCACUGCACGUGCUGACAAAGCCCUGCAGAGUUUGGGCCAGUGAGGUGGGCAUCCUCUGGGCCUUCUUCUUACAGGAAGAAUAAAAACAAAAUAAAAUACU